AUGCCGACCCAGCCCCCCAGCCUACCCAGCAGUCCACCCAGGGACGCAGCCCCCCAGCCUACCCAGCAGUCCACCCAGGGACGCAGCCCCCCAGCCUACCCAGCAGUCCACCCAGGGACGCAGCCCCCCAGCCUACCCAGUAGUCCACCCAGGGACGCAGCCCCCCAGCCUACCCAGCAGUCCACCCAGGGACCCAGUCCCCCAGCGGUCCACCCAGGGACGCAGCCCCCCAGCAGUCCACCCAGGGACCCAGUCCCCCAGCGGUCCACCCGGGGACCCAGUCCCCAGCGGUCCACCCAGGGACGCAGCCCCCAGCGGUCCACCCAGGGACCCAGUCCCCAGCAGUCCACCCAGGGACCCAGUCCCCCAGCAGUCCACCCAGGGACGCAGCCCCCAGCAGUCCACCCAGAGACGCAGCCCCCCAGCAGUCCACCCAGGGACGCAGCCCCCAGCAGUCCAACCAGGGACGCAGCCCCCAGCAGUCCACCCAGGGACGCAGCCCCCAGCAGUCCACCCAGGGACCCAGUCCCCCAGCAGUCCACCCAGGGACCCAGUCCCCCAGCAGUCCACCCAGGGACCCAGUCCCCCAGAAGUCCACCCAGGGACGCAGCUCCCCAGCGGUCCACCCAGGGACCCAGCCCCCAGCGGUCCACCCAGGGACCCAGUCCCCCAGCGGUCCACCCAGGGACCCAGUCCCCCAGCAGUCCACCCAGGGACGCAGCCCCCAGCAGUCCACCCAGGGACGCAGCCCCCAGCAGUCCACCCAGGGACCCAGUCCCCCAGCGGUCCACCCAGGGACGCAGCCCCCAAGCAGUCCACCCAGGGACCCAGUCCCCCAGCAGUCCACCCAGGGACCCAGUCCCCCAGCAGUCCACCCAGGGACCCAGUCCCCCAGCGGUCCACCCAGGGACCCAGUCCCCCAGCUGUCCACCCAGGGACGCAGCCACCCAGCAGUCCACCCAGGGACGCAGCCCCCAGCAGUCCACCCAGGGACCCAGUCCCCAGCGGUCCACCCAGGGACCCAGUCCCCCAGCGGUCCACCCAGGGACGCAGUCCCCCAGCGGUCCACCCAGGGACCCAGUCCCCCAGCGGUCCAGCCAGGGACGCAGCCCCCAAGCAGUCCACCCAGGGACCCAGUCCCCAGCAGUCCACCCAGGGACCCAGUCCCCCAGCAGUCCACCCAGGGACCCAGUCCCCCAGCGGUCCACCCAGGGACCCAGUCCCCCAGCUGUCCACCCAGGGACGCAGCCCCCCAGCAGUCCACCCAGGGACCCAGUCCCCCAGCGGUCCACCCAGGGACCCAGUCCCCAGCGGUCCACCCAGGGCCGCAGCCCCCAGCAGUCCACCCAGGGACCCAGUCCCCCAGCAGUCCACCCAGGGACGCAGCCCCCAGCAGUCCACCCAGGGACCCAGUCCCCCAGCGGUCCACCCAGGGACGCAGCCCCCAAGCAGUCCACCCAGGGACCCAGCCCCCAGCAGUCCACCCAGGGACCCAGCCCCAGCAGUCCACCCAGGGACCCAGUCCCCCAGCAGUCCACCCAGGGACCCAGUCCCCCAGCGGUCCACCCAGGGACCCAGUCCCCCAGCUGUCCACCCAGGGAAGCAGCCCCCAGCAGUCCACCCAGGGACGCAGCCCCCAGCAGUCCACCCAGGGACGCAGCCCCCAGCAGUCCACCCAGGGACCCAGUCCCCCAGCAGUCCACCCAGGGACCCAGCCCCCAGCAGUCCACCCAGGGACCCAGUCCCCCAGCAGUCCACCCAGGGACCCAGUCCCCCAGCAGUCCACCCAGGGACCCAGCCCCCCAGCCUACACAGCAGUCCACCCAGGGACCCAGCCCCCAGCCUACACAGCAGUCCACCCAGGGACCCAGCCCCCAGCCUACACAGCAGUCCACCCAGGGAGCCAGCCCCCCAGCCUACCCAGCAAUGGGAGCCCCCACCACCGACAGGUCCAAGAUUGCCACAGUGUUUUCCCUGCUGACCGGGAGGGUGUUUGGGAGAGGGGAAGAGCUGGGUUCCUAUUGCGGCCAGGAGGGGGACCAGCUUCAGCGGUAUCCGGUGCAUCCCAACCCCGGGUCCACUAGAGCAGAGGGGCGGCUCCAUGAUCGUCCGUCUCCCAGGCCCUGGAUAAUCGACCGUUGGGAUCAGGCACAAUCACGCACAUCACAGCACCACUCACCCUCACCGUGGGACCCAUGCGCCAAGAAAGCCACUGCCAGGACCCGGUUCCUUCCCUGGGCGGAGUACGGCCAGAACUCACUUCAUCACUCCUCCACCGGGCUGAUAUCCCUGUGCGUAAUGGGAUAUCAGCCGGACCUGGCCCCGUGGACCCCGAGCCAGACCGAAGCCCCUGCGGUGGACGAGGGGUUCCACAGCCAGAAGGAGCAGGUGGACCACCACCGCAGUGAGGCUCCAUCCUAG